AUGGCACGUCAUGAUCCUAAUCCAUUUGCUGAUGAAGAGAUCAAUCCUUUUGCGAAUUAUACAAAUGUUCCUCCUGCAAGCAACUCAUAUCUCAAGCCGCUUCCACCGGAACCUUAUGACCGUGGUGCAACCGUUGAUAUCCCUUUGGAUUCCGCCAAGGAUCUUCGAGCUAGAGAGAUGGAACUCCAGGCUAAAGAGAACGAGUUGAAGCGGAAAGAGCAGGAGCUUAAAAGAAGAGAAGAUGCAAUAGCUCGAACUGGAGUAGUCAUUGAGGAAAAGAAUUGGCCAGAUUUUUUCCCUUUAAUUCAUCAUGACAUUCCAAAUGAGAUUCCGGUUCAUUUACAGAAGAUUCAAUAUGUCGCAUUCACCACAUUGUUAGGUAACGUAAAGGCGACCUUAGACUGCUGCAACAAGUCACAGAUAAAAAAAGUUAAAAGACUAAAACUAUUUAACUAUGCAGGAUUAGUAGGAUGUCUUUUGUGGAAUUUUGUGGCAGUAACUGUGGCUUGGAUCAAAGGAGAAGGUCCCACUAUAUGGCUUAUGUCAAUCAUCUACUUCAUUGCUGGGGUCCCUGGGGCUUACGUCUUAUGGUAUCGUCCUCUUUACAGAGCUACCAGAACUGAUAGUGCCCUGAAGUUUGGAGCUUUUUUCUUCUUUUACGUGUUUCACAUUGCGUUCUGCGGCUUUGCUGCAGUUGCUCCACCAGUCAUCUUUCAAGGGAAGUCUCUCACAGGUUUCUUGCCGGCACUUGAGCUUCUUACUACUAAUGCUGCGGUCGGGAUAAUGUACUUCAUUGGAGCGGGUUUCUUCUGCGUCGAAACACUUCUCAAUAUCUGGGUGAUUCAGCAAGUAUAUGCAUACUUCCGAGGGAGUGGCAAAGCUGCAGAGAUGAAGCGCGAAGCUGCAAAGUCGACCUUGAUGCGUGCACUUUGA